UGCUCAGACUCGCUGGCGCCUGGAUAUCACAAGUACACCGAACGUGUGAACAAGCCCAUUGCGACACCCAUUAACUUCAAUUACAGAGUUAUAAUUCCGCUGAGAGUCGCUUUACUCAUGCAGAUGAGCGGAGAAGCUCCUAUAAAGUCAGGCCACUGACCAGAUGAGCUACAGCUGAUCAAAUUAUUAGGAAACAUCAUGUUCAAGAAGUUCUCCGUGGAGUGGUUGUCCCAGAGCUUCCAUGCUCAAGAUCUGGAGCAGGAGAAACGAGUCACAGUAAGCGCUCGUGAUGAGUUCAGUGAUGCUCGUCACGCGUCUUCAGAAACGCUUGGAGAAGGAGAAACCAAGGCCCUGUCUUCUCCUACAAACAGCUGUGGCUACUCCUCGGCCUCUGAGAGCGAUGAGAGCGAAGGAGAGUCCGCGUCACAGCGGCGCGUCAGAACCAAGUUCAGCUCGGAGCAGAUCUCGCGUCUGGAGAAGAGCUUCAGCAAACACAAGUACCUCGGAGCGACUCAGAGACGCAGGAUAGCGGAGAAACUGCAGCUGUCUGAAACACAGGUGAAAACAUGGUUCCAGAACAGACGGAUGAAGCUGAAGCGGGAAGUUCAGGAAGCGCGUGCAGCCGAGUUUUUUGUUGUGCUUCCGCCGCUGACGUCAUUUCAGCACCACACCGCUAGCGGACAGCACUCGCGCCUCUAUUUCCCGCAACAAAUUCCCGCGCGACAACUCCCGCCACAGAUGCUGUUCCCCUCCUGCUACUUUUAAACCACAUUUUUUAAUGAUUGGAUAUAAUCUAUAAUCUUGACAUAAUAUAAAAAUGUAUAAAAAUCCCCUAAAUCAGGGUUUUUAAUAAACAAAAUAUAAAUGCAAGCACUGUAUGUAGUUCUAUAAACAAAUUGUAUAUAUACAUAAAUAUUGUUUUUUCUCAAAAUCUGAAAAAUCCCAUAAAAUAAAAAAGAAAAUGCUUUGAA